CAACAACUACGUUGGCCAUUGAGCUGUCUUUUCUUGGCCUGCUUCUCGUUUCACAACAUCUUCAUCCUCGUGCCGCCUUAGACUUGGUCCCGUCUAUAUAUUGCAUGAGGGGCCGUGUUCUCAUCGCCGCUGCCCCCCUCCGCGCUUAGGUCACUCGUGACUUUCUUCAUCUCGGUGCUCAAUUGGCGCAACUCAUACAAAGUACACAAUGACACUCGCCAAGCUCUGCCUGGUCGCUGGCCUCGCCUUGGGCAGCGCUGGGGCUCUAGUCCCGUCAAAGGCUGCCCAGAGUCCCCUUUCCUCGCACUUCAAAUGCGACCUGCCUCCACCUCUGGACCCGUCAUGGGACCAUUUGCCCUCUGCCGACGAACUCUAUUCCUCUCGCGAGGCACUCAUAAGACAGGUCGAGCGGCAUGCGGGCAUUGUCGAAAUUGACACCAUCUGCUACGAUGACCUCGGUCCCUUUAACCAGGACGUUCGCUGGCUUCCCUUCUAUGACCUCCACGACCGGCUGCGCGACACGUAUCCAACCGUCUACGAACGAGCUCACUUAGAGGUCGUCAACACCUUUGGUCUGCUAUUCACUGUGCAUGGAAGCGACCCGGACUUGAAGCCCAUUCUUCUCGCGGCCCAUCAAGAUGUCGUGCCCGUGGCGGACCCAAGUGCCUGGACCUACCCGCCCUUCUCUGCCCACUUCGAUGGCUCGUGGCUCUGGGGCCGCGGAUCUUUUGACGACAAGGACGCCCUCACGGCCAUCAUGUCGUCCAUGGAGGAGCUUCUCUCCGAGGAUGACUUCCGCCCCGAGAGAACCAUCCUCUUGGCCUUUGGCUUUGAUGAAGAGUGCUCCGGCUUGCGCGGUGCGGCUCACAUUGCCGACCGCCUACUCCACCGGUACGGCGAGGACGGCUUGGCCAUGGUUCACGAUGAGGGCGGCCUGGGCCUGCAGACGGUCCACGACGUCAUGUAUGCGCUGCCGGCAGUGUACGAAAAGGGCUACCUGGACGUCUGGUUCGACCUCAACGUUGUCGGCGGCCACAGCUCUACUCCCACCCCGCACACGGGCAUCGGCAUGAUGGCCCAGCUCGUCGACAAGCUCGAGUCGAACCCCUUCCCACCCAAGAUCAUAGAGGGCGGCCCCAUCUACCAGAGCCUGGUGUGCGCCGCAAAGUACUCCCCCGACCUCGUGCCCGGACUGGGCCACCUGCUCGACAAGGGCGACCUCGAUACUGUGGCCAAGAUCGUUGCUGACGCCCGCGUCGAUACGCACUAUCUCAUCGCGACCUCGCAGGCCGUCGACAUCAUCAACGGGGGGCAAAAGAUCAACGCACUGCCCGAGGUCACGACGCUAGGGGUCAAUUACCGCAUCGCGCCCCAGGACAGCGCCUAGACGGUCUAGCACAACGCGUAUAAGUAGG